UAGAUGUCUGUCAACAGCACUUGAUUAAUUUAAUUUUUAAUGAUAAAUCUACACUAUUUUUGCAAUUACUGUAGUUUGUAUACUUAAUUAUUAUUAAUUUGUUGAAUUUUCAUUACUUAUUGUAAACAAUGGUGUACGACUAUUUCGACAAAUACACAUUUUUGUGUGAAAUGUAUGAUGAAGACGCAGAUAAAAUAAUAGAAUUGGUCUUACAUUAUUUUCCUUUCGAUAAUUCGUGUCAAGUAAUAGACGCGAACAAAGGGAAAAAUCUUGUAAAACGAGUACAGCUGCCGACUCUAAAAUUGGAAAUGUUGGAAAUUGGCAAUAUAGUUAAUGUAUUCUCGAAAUUGCUCCUUAUAACAGAUUGCGCACCGGCAACACGGAAGACACUGUUUUAUAAAUUCGAAAGUACUUUCGCCCUGAUAAAACCAGUACCAGCAGAUUUACAUGGAAAAAUAAUUACAUUUAUAACAAAAAAUGGGUUCCGUAUAGUGCGUAUGAAAAAUGGAAAAAUUACCAAAGAAGGCGCAUUGGCACUUUAUAAUCACAUUGCUGGAAGCAGUAUGCUCCCGAUCAUAGUUGACUACGUAACUAGUGGCGAAGUGAUUGGACUAGAGUUGGUGGGACGCAACGCAAUAAAGCGGUGGCGGCGCUAUUUAGGGGCAACAAACCCCGCUGAAGCUGAGCCUGGUACUCUAAGAAGCCUAUACGGAGAAAACACGCUCCGAAACAUUGCCCACGGCUGUACCACUACAGAAGACGUUAAUGACAUGUUGGAGUUAUUCUUCGGGUAUGAACACGGGCACAUACCACGGGUCCCAUUCAGAGCUACGUUCGAGAACUGCACUUGUUGCGUGAUCAAACCUCAUGCCGUACUGGAAGGCAGCGUCGGCGCUAUCCUCGAACAAAUAACGACCUCUGGAAACUUCCAUAUCACUGCCAUGGCCAUGUUUUCUGUUACACUGUCUAAUGCUGCAGAAUUUUAUGAAGUUUAUAAAGGAGUUUUGCCUGAAUAUGAGCUGAUGAGCAUUCAUCUGGCAGAAGGAAAAUGCGUUGCCUUAGAAAUCAAAUCGUCUAAUCCUGACGACAACUGUGUCUGCGAAUUCAGAAAAUUAUGUGGACCUCGAGACCCGGAUCUAUGUCGCCAGUUGUAUCCUAAGUCAAUAAGGGCUUUGUACGGAACUACAUUAGUCCACAAUGCAGUACAUUGCACAGACCUCCCUGAAGAUGGGGUAUCAGAAGUUGAAUACUUUUUCAAACUGUUAGCUAAUGACUAAUGAUUAGUCACUAAUCAGUAGGUCUCUUGACCUAUACA